AUGACGAGCGAAGAGAACGGUGAUAUAAACGAUGUGUUUGAGGACAUUUUUCUCACCGAGGAGCGCAUCAUCGAGGAACACUUUCACCACGGGCUAGCGGACGGGCGGCAGGAACGGUCCGUACAGGAGGCGGAAGAUUACGGCCACAAGAAGGGUUCGGAAAUUGGACGAGAAAUCGGCUUUUAUCACACAAUCGUGACGGAGAUUGCCUCCCAGUCGGAGACGGCAGCGAACGAAAAGGCACACGCGCUGGUACAGGAGCUGCUGGCGGCGCUGGGAAAGUAUCCCCGCGAGAACGAUCCGGCCGUUGAUUUGCUGCACGAUUUGCAGCGCAUCCGCAACACGUACCGGCGGCUCUGCGCACUGCUGAAGCUGCCCUACAAGUACACGCAAACGAAUGCGCUUUCGUUUUAACCCGUCGCUGGCGAAGAUGGAGCGUAUCAGGCAGCAGGUGGACACGAUCGUGCGCUUUCUGCAGCCCAACCUCCCGUUCGUGAACUGCCACAUGGUGGACUAUCUGACCGAGCAGCACUGGAAGCGGUUCGUGCCGGUGGCGAUGCAGUGCGAACUGCGCACCGUGUCCGAUUACUUGCAGGCAAAGGAUAUAUUUUGGGGCCAGUUUACGCCAUCGUUUGACGGGGAGGAGCGUGAUGGUGGUUGCUUUCCGGCGGUGCGGGAAUUUAUCAAAAACACACGCCAUUUCCGUCUCGGAGGAGCGGAAGCUCGGGGAACGGCCCUCACGCUGGACGAGUUUAUGGAUGCGCUGUCGGACUGUCGGAGAGAAACGCGGCUGAAAAUGACGGAACUGAUGAACGU